UGGCAACACUUAUGGACUUUCUUCUUUCUUUCUUCUCUCACUUCCUUCUGCUCAGGACGUAGAAGGAGAAUCAUCUGAAUCCUUUAUUCAUUCAUUCACUCAUUCAGCUAAUUCUUUUUCUCCGUGAAUCCACCUUCAUCAAUGGUUGCUGCCAAAGACGUGCCACAGGCACCUGCUUUGCCUGCUUCAGAACAUGAAUUGAUGCAGACUAUCCACACUGUAGGCUACCGCCAUCGCAAUACCUAUAUCCAGAAUCUCAUCAAAACCCAUAAAGAAGCACUCCUCUCUCUCCUACCUGAACUCCUCAAGACUGUUCCCACCAUUCUCUCUAUUCCUAUCCAGCGGCCUCCGCAGGAUGAAACCACCUUGUAUGCUGACGGUGGAAAUCCAUCUCCUGAAGCCGACGAUGUCUCUCUGCAGUUUCCACAGACCAAUGCAUCAUCUCGCUACGUACAACGUCAGGUUGGUCAAAUCAUUGCCAUGACCUUAGCUCAGAAGGGUUGCAAGGAAGCAAUUGCCUUCUUGCUGGCUGAUUUGAACCAUCCAUACCAAGUGGGCAAAAAGCGAUUGAUCCAGUGCAUUGCCACUUUUGCUUCGGACGUCGAAAUCCUUGCUGCUACGACCGAUACUGCACCUGCUGUUCGCGAUGCCCUUGUAGCAUCUUUGGUCAAGCAGAAGCGCAAGGGCCUUGCCAAUGACAUCUUGAGAAAGCCACGCGCGGCGAAUAAGGCUGAUAAGAAAGAGCCCAUCACGACUCGAUUCAAACAAGCACUUGCAAAGGCAACAGAAUAUGAGCGUGAGAAAGUGUGGAAAGCAUAUAGCAAGAUCAUUGAUGUUGCCAACCAAAAUGUAAAAGGCGCUUGUGAUCCCGGCGAGUCAAUCAAAGACAUUAUCUUGACCCUCCAAGAGACCUAUCCGCCAUUGUUCCCUUGGGAUGAAGCCAAGCCCGAGGUCAGGACUCCUAUGCUAGCUCCAUUAAUCAAAGAAUACAUCCUUCUCUUUGUUCAAUACGAUGCCGAGAGAACAUUCCGUAUCCUUCAACAGACAUCGUAUCAAGCUCGUGGUUCCAAUCUGGUGUACUCUGCCCAUAUCCCCAGCGAACUUUAUGAAACCAGAAAGGCGCAGAACCAUUGGAGCCAUCAUCCUCGUCACGAGGCAAUGUUAGAAAAGUACGUUCUUGAUCUGAUCAAUGUUGGUCAAGGAGAACUCCUCAAGAAGGACCAAAUCCCUCAGCUGUUCAGUUGCCUCCGCGGCCCUGCUGUCACUCGGCUGGUACGCGCUGCCUUGAAAGUACUUGAACAAGAUGAGUUCAAGAUUCGCUCUAAAACACAAGGCAACCAACGGGUGAGGCGUCUGAAUAAUGUGCUCAAGUUCGUGGUGAAAGGUGUAGACAACCUGGUGCAUCGUGUCGUCAACUGCUCUGUACACAAGGAUCGUGUUGAUUCAACUCAGAAGUUCCACCAGACAUUACGAGAGCUCAUCCCAGAGCUUUUCUCUCCUGCCUUGGAAGCUCUCCGUAUCCAAGAUGUGGAUGAUGAUGCGGUCAAUGUUCGUCUUUGCAGGAAGAUAUUCAAUCCAUUGUUUCGACAGUCCUCCAACUACUGGGAAGCUCACAAACUGUCACAUAUAAAGCGCUUCCCUCCACUGGCUGAAACUAUCUUCGAUCAGCUCCAGCCAAUGUUCAAAACCAAGACACGCAAGGAUAGUGCUGUAAUCUCCAUAGUUGAAGAUCUCUUGGCUGUCCUUGCACCUUCAGAUAAAAGCGUCUAUGCUCUAUCUGAUGACGCCUUUGUGCAACCCUUUAGUUCUGUUCCCUCUUGGGACAACUCUGCUGUGUUCCAGACUUGUGUCGCUAACUGCCUGAAUAGGACAGGAAAAGCAAUGAUUCAGCUGGACUCUACAUGGAUCGAGCACUUUAGCAAGCUGGGCCCAAGCUUGACACAAGCUCAGCGCGAUGAGGUAGUCCAAUGGAUCAUUGCACUACCCAGUUUUAAGCCUUUGAUCGAGAAGGACCAAGGCGUAUCUGUAUACCCGAUGUUGGAGGCUCUCUGCACCAAUGCUGAACUCCGUCAACAGAUCGUCCGUCCACUUGUGUUCUAUGACAGGAGAGAGAAAGUAGUGGAUUUGGGUGACAACCUAUCCAACUGGGCAUCUUUUGUCGAUAUCCAAGUCCCAGAAGUACGGGCCCAGCUUGUCAAGGAAACGACCAAGCCGUCUUUUGAGGAUCGUCUUAAAUGGCUUACUGCUAUUAUGAAAGCAACUCGUAUGACAAAAGAUGUGAACCAAUGGCUCAUAACACUGAAAUGGCUGAUUCCCAAGAUCCGCAAUGAAAUUCAGCCCAACCUCAUGGCUUUUGCGCCAAGUCUGUUCCUACGCGACCAUAUUAUCCCGAGGCAAUACCUAGAUGACGCAGAUCUGCAGCAAGCUAAUGAGCUAUCCGCAUUGUACCUCGCCAUGGACGCACAGAAUUCGGCUGCUAUCACACCAGUUUCACAGAUUACAAGGUUUUUGGACUCUAUUGGCGAUGCCGCUCUUUCGCGCUUCGCAAACAAUGACUCUCACCCAUUCUUCCAAAUGGGAACAGAGAUCCGCUGGCGACGAGUGGUUAAUGUCCAUGGCGAUGUAAAUGCUUUUAAGUACUUUGACCUGUCCUUUAGCAACCCUACUUACGGCCAGGAUGUCCAUGAACGCAAUGAGCAACAUGAGAUUGCUAGACGAAAGGCAAUUGCCAAAGAAAAUGAGACAUACAAAACUGAGGGUGGUGCAUGGGGUCUACACCUUAUCGAAGAAGGACAGGAGGAGACAUAUGUGCAGGCCAAGAUCAAUGCUUACCAUAGCCGCUGGCUCACUGUGAAGGCACUAAUGGCCCCAGAUAUUACAAGUGACUCUGUUGAAGCGUUCAAGUCGUCCCAAAAGAUCUUCUGGCAAAACAUUUGCUAUAGCCUUCAUGAUGAUCUAGGAUGGCGAUGGAAGAAUUCACCGACGCUUGUGGAGUAUCUGCAUGAGACCUUGGAUGUCCUAGCAAGUGCUCCGACUUUAGUAUUCGGAAAGGAUACUGUCCUAAACUGGAAAGACGACGAGUUCCUAUCAAGUUCAUCGAACUAUAUCCAGCAUGUACGUGAGAUCUAUACACAGGAAGAGUGGGUUCAAAAGAAUCUUGGCAAUCUGUCAUGGUACACACUGUACCGCGAUCUUCGAUUAGGAUCAACUGCAUAUGAAGGGGAAGUAAAGGCACGUGUGAAUGAGUGUGUGUUCCCAGGCGGCAAGCGUGACCAUAAUCGAUACGAGCAACUCAUGGUCGGACUCUUGAACAAAUCUCCAUCAGCUAUUCACCUCCCUGCUGUCCUAGAUUAUGUUUGCGCACAGCGGCCGGAUCUUUUGACAAAUGACCAUCUGUCGAUGACCAAGAGUAUUCCUGGACUAUUCAAUCAAAUAGAGACCCCAGAUCCAUGGGACCUUUUAUUUGUGAAGAUCCCCUUUGAGCUAAACCCACAGCAAAGUGAGAUGCUCAAGGCCAGACACUUGUCAGGAAUGACCAACAGCUCGGCUCCAUUCCAAUCCCGUGUUCAGCAUGCUAAGGCCUUUAUGAGUAUGCCGACAACAACAGUGGAAGAUGUUGCCAAUGCUCUGAACACUCCAUCUUUACCAUCACGCAUUGUCGAGGCAUUGCUGAUGUUCCUUCCGACCCUGGGAGAACCCGCAAGCACACUUCAGCUCCUCAUGGCUCCAGUCUACCUUCAAUCUCAUGUCGCUCGUACAUCCAUUCAUGCAGUUGAGAAUGCGCUCAAGUGUGUCCCUGUUCAGCAAAUCCCUGACUUUAUCAUACCGCUUUUCCCAUCCUCUGGACAGCGCCAACAAAAGGUCACUGUUCAGAAGGAAGGCAUUCGUUUGGUACUGUCGAGUAUGUCUCUGCUGGUGGAUCCAAAAGUCAGCUCGCUGAUUGAGGAUCUGUUAGCACGUCGGGACCUCCAUCAAGAUGUCAGAGUGGUUACCUUGCAAUCACUGAUUCGCUUACUUACCGGAUCAGAAGGCAGAGAGGAGCGCUAUAAAGCCACCACAGAGUGGAUCUGGACUACUUUAUCUACUGUCGCUCAGUCUACCUAUCAUAAAAAAUCAGGGGUUGCAUUGGUCCUUCUUGCAGUGUCCCCUUCAUACAAACACAGUGGAUCAGUGCCUACUGUGUACUCUGGCAAUGUAACCCGCACUCCUCAUUAUAACGCAACAUUAACAGCUCUAUCCAAAGACAUUGUCCCUGAACGUAUUAUCGACCGUUAUGUCAGUGAUGUCCUUAUCCCUAUGGCUGCUGUUCCUGAAGGUGACAGUGCGAGGGACAAAGAUCUAAUUGAAGUCAGAGUCCUGACGUUGCAAAUGCUUGCUCAGGAGAGUGGGUGGAUAACCUUCAAGUAUGCUUUACACUUUGCUAAAGAAUGGCGACAGGAAGCGGCUAAGAUGUCCCUAGAUGAUGACCCAUAUUCACUUUGGAAGCUGUUUGGUCUUGGUAUCGCUCGCUGCAUUGGUGUGGAAAUUGCAGGUAAAAUAGCGAACGCUCAGGUCGGUGAUGAUAGCAGCAAGGCCAAUAUCAAAAAUGACAACAGUAACACAUGCUGGGAAGAGCUCAUUGGUUAUAUACAGGAUCAAGUGGACGUAUUCCUAGACAAGAGCCGACGACGUGGCUUCCGCAAGCUAGCGCUUGAUCGAAUUGAAAGCCUUCAAUUGGCCAACAACUUUACACUUUAUAAUUUUGACGCUGCUGAGAAGGCUGGUACCUUCAUCGGCAAUGAAAUGGAUCCAGUUCGCCCCCUUCUCUCUCAAGGAAUGGAAUCGGUUUUAUGGGUGACAAUCUUAGGAAGAGAGAUUGCACUGUUUAACCCUCAGGAAAAUAUGACGCAAGCACAGAUUAACCAAGAGGUCCUUCGAUUGCUUAUACGUAUUGCUGACUUGAGCAAUAAGUUCCUAUCUACAGACGAUGGAGCCACUGUCAUUUCGUGGGUUAUAUAUUCGCUUCUUCACAAGGGAUGGAACAACGCAGAGCUCAAGAGAACUCUUGGUAAGGCUCUCAUGGAGCCUAGCGAAGAAUUGGCCGACUGGGUUCAUGGAGACCUUGUCGCCUUGCAUAUUCUGACGAAUGCCAUUGGGGUCUUUCCGCUGAAGGAGAUUACUGCAUUUAUGGAUCGACUGGCGACUGCAGAGAAUACCAGCUUCUAUUCAAUGAAACGAGAUAUGAUCUCAACUAUCCUCCUAGGUGAGCUAGCUCUUGUGCGUGAAGCAAAUAAUGGCCAGUUGACGAUGGAGCAAAUCACAUCUAUGCAAGAAGCGUUUUCAACAUUGGUUCAGCGAGCGCAAACAGCAGGAAAGAACGGGCCAGACACUGCUAUUGUCCACCGUAUGCUGUUAGCUGAUACUUCUUUGAUGUGUGCCGCUUUCCCCAAAGAAGUCGGCCCAAUGCUUCAUGAGCUCCUUGUAAUCGAUAUCGAAAGAGGCACAAUCCCUGUUAGUAUAUCUACACGCAAGCCUCUUGAUGAACUUGUUGAAUUUGGACCUCAAGCCAUUGCCUUAGGGAAUACUACAGGCAUGGGAAGUGGAUCUGAGGCGUUCAGUAGCGGCUAUGGCAUUUCACCAGCAAGCGUCUUAAUCCUCGAAGCCUUCCUGAAUGGCAGCCUGGAUGCUCUGGAUCUGACUCCAUUCAUGCAGCCACAAGACCUCCCUUUGAAUAUCGCUCGUGGCCAAUGGUUUCCAUUCCGAGGCAAUUCGGAUUUGGCAAUGGAGGUAGAGCACCUCAACAAUAACCCGAAGACACUUAAGGAGCUGGAUGCUUACUGGGAAAAAACUGUAGGCAGCUCUGAAUACUUGAAGAAGCUGGACCAAGCUGUCCAAGCCAAUGCACAGAAGAGUGUAUCGCCGGCUCUUCUUGAAGGUUACCGUGCAAGUGCGGUUGAGACUCUUGCUGGGAAGGCCAAGUUUGUGCUGAUGCGUCCGUUUGUGUGUCUCGAGUUUAUGCGACUGGCACUGACAGCACCAGGAGCUACAUUAACGGCUGAGAAAGCAGCAACACAGUUAGCGGCGGCCUUCAAUGUAGCUCGAGAGCCAGGUGCGGAUGAUUUCACCUAUAUCUGGGCUCCGCCUCUGUCUCUGGCUCUGGACAUGGCCGAAUAUUUAUUGCAUGAGGUCCGUGAAGAGGCUCGGAUUGAAGGUCAGCGUGAGGCUCAGAUGAUUGAGAAAAUGACAGCUUUGUUCUUGAAGAAAUGGAUGGGUCAGGUGGUGCUAAGGUUUGCAGGCAAGGUUUUGGCAGAGGCCGAAGAUGUCAAGGCCCUAGAGGCGCGGUAUAUAGCGUUGGCUGACGAGUUGUGUGAAGCAGGCUCCGGUGGUCAGAGUAUCGCAUUGACUUUAGGAGACUUUAUUCCUGGAGGAGCAGAUCCACUUACGAAGAAACUAACUAGAAACCAGAAAGUAGGUGGUGACGACGAAGAUAUGGUGGACACUGAAGGAACGAUGGCUGAACUAUCAAAUUUAAAUACUUGAAUGACAUGAGCAAAAGCAACAAAUAAACCUACAGUGUAU